AUGAGCAGCUCCAGCGUGACUUCGACAACUAUGUCCCUCACGACCACUGCUUCAUUGACUGGGACCACAGCUACUGUUACCUUGACCACGGUCACGGCUACUACAGUCACCGCCACCAGUACUUCCACGUCCUCUCAGACUCAGACACUUUCAACCACAACAAGGACAACCGUGACCACCACCACUGUGACUGCCACCGUGGAGGCACCCGCUCAAUUGGAGGGUUGCAUAGGGCUGUCAGUCUCCGAUGCGGACCUCUUUGCAGAAUCUUCGGAUGCGAAGGAAGCCUUCAGGAAGGAUGUUUGGUGA